AUGCGCACUUUCAUCACUAUCGCUGCUGCCCUCUUCGCCGGUGUCGCCUCUGCGACUAACAGCGAAGCUAAUGCCUUCAAGAACCCGGCUGGUGGUUACACCUUCACCGUCGGCGAGCCUACUACCUUGACCUGGAACGCCGAUGCCGGUACCACCGUCACUCUGCGCCUGCAGCACGGUUCGGUUUCGACUGCCAACUCGGGCACCAUCAUUGCUUCCUCCAUCGAUAACGACGGCAGCUACACCUGGAACGUCCCCUCCGACCUCGCCUACGAGUCCGACUACACCAUCGAGAUCAUCGACGACCAGGACACCUCCAACUACAACUUCUCGCCCCGCUUCACCGUGUCCGGCGCCGUCGUCGCAACCACCACCACCUCUGCCUCUAGCACUUCCACCUCUGCUACUUCCACCUCCACCACCGUCUCGACUACUUCCACCAGCUCCACCAAGACUUCCUCUUCUUCUUCCGCUACCCCCACUACCAUGACCACUUCCAGCUCCAGCGCUAGCUCCACUGCUUCGUCUACUACCCAGUCCAGCACUAGCGCUGCUAGCACCAGUGCUUCUAGCACUACCUCUGCUGCGUCGGUUCCUACCACCAACGCCGGUGUUGUCAACCGUGUUUCUGGGGGUCUGUUGGCUGCUGUUGCUGGUGCGGCUAUGUUGCUGUAG